AAUUUGUUAUCUGAAUACUUUAAAAGGAACAUGGAAAGGGUUCAAAAAAUCGAAGACGUAAACGAACGAGGGCAGGAAGCUAGAAAUCUGAUUAUCAGUUGCAUUAGGCAUCACAAUGUACUAUUAAAUAGUUGCAAGGAGCUGAACAGCAUCAUCAAGGAUUUUAUGUUGUGGCGCAUUGUGACCGGAUCAGGUGCUAUAUGCGUAACGGCGUUCAUGAUACGGUUUCAAGUUAACUUAUUCCAUGGCGCCUGUUACUUCACGGCGAUCAUGCUGGAGUGCUUUGUCUAUGCCUACGUGGGGAACGACGUCGUGUUCGCCAGUUCCAAUUUUGCGGACGUCGUAUUCACUGCGGGAUGGCAUCUGCUGGACCUGCCCCAAAAUGUCGAUAUCCAAGAGAUGUGCCGCUUCAUGAUUUUUAGAGCGCAAAAAUCGGUCAAGAUGACCGUUGGGGAUUUCGGUCAUUUGACGUUAGAGUUCUACAUGAAGAUGGUCAAAUUUUCUUUUUCUAUUUACACCGUUAUGGGAAAAAGAUAUAACAAAUAGAUGUAGUGAAAUGGAAAGUUUAUAUUGCCCGAAAUUGCAC